GGUGGGGGACAGAGCUGUAAACAGGACUAGUGCCUGUCCACUCCCUGCCUCUGCUGCCCAGGCCUGGCCUCUGUGCCCAGCCUCCUGGCACUAGGCAGAGCUCAGCAGGCCAGCUGGCACCCAGGACUGUCAGAGGGUGUGGACAGGGUCAGUGACCCAAGCCUGACCUGCCUCUCAGCUCCGGAUCCAGACAGAAUCCUUGGCUGGGCCUGGGAGCUCCACCCUCCCUGCCCUGGGUGGUUGGCGGGUGGGGGAUGGGGUCAAGUUCCUGUCUGUGACCCCUGCAGCUGUCCUGAUGACUCAGAGUCCAACAAGGAGAAGCUCUCUCUGGGCUCUGGAGGAGGUGGUAGUGGGGGGCAGGGGUGACCUCAGGAGAGGGGCACCUGACUGAGCUUACCCCCUCCAGGAAUACCAGGAACAUCUGCCCUGUGUUUGGGGGACAGGAAGGGAGAUGCUGGCCGCCUGGCAGCCCCAGGAUAGGCCAAGUAAAGACCCCCUCAGGCCAGGCCAGGAGAGGGAAGCGGAAGCUCCAGACGGCUGGAUCCCAGAUUUCCAGUGUUUACGGAGUCGCGCCCAACAAAAGACCACUGACCCACAAGCAGCUGCAAAGUAACAAAGCAAAAGUUUAUUAGAGGAGAGCAAAGGUUUAUUAGAGAAAAGACAAAGGUUAGAGAAGAGCAAAUCCGGAUUUGGGCUACAGCGUGGCCACGCAGGGUCCAAACACUGAAGCAACCGGCAAAGGUUAUUUGUCCUUUUAUACACUUAAAACCAGUGAGGAGAGGGGUGUGUGUAAGGAAUGGGGAAGGGUGUCUGCACAAGAUAACAGGAUGUGGGCAGUUUAGCCUGCCCAGCUUAUCUUGGUCCAGGUGCCCUUGUAAAACUUUUAGGCUGACAUUUACAAGCGGCAGUUUGCAAGGUCACAGUGGCUUACUUUUACGACUUGUUUUUUCAUCUGCUAGAGAUAACAUAGUUUUACUUUUACAACUUAUUUUUCUAAAAUAACAUUUUUCUUUUAGGAUGGGGGAUGACCUUUAAACUCUUCAAAAUGGGGUAACUUAAGUCAAUUGUGAAGAUUCCCUGGGCCCUAACAUCCAGUCUCCAAGUCCCGUCUGCGCACCCCCACCCCUUGUGACCCUGGCCGUCCAGAGUCCGUGCCUGCGUCCUGCCUUCACCCAGGUCCUGUGCUUCAGCUUCUGAGAAAGAACAGCACACCACCCCCCACCCCGUGCCCCCACGCUACGUGCAUCAGCCCCUGCUCCACAGCCUGCCCUAUCGCCACUGCCAUCAGUUGGGAGGGGCAGGAGGCAUGUGCCAGGCCUGGGGAGAUGGGCCCGUGAUCAGAACGGACUGUCCUUUGGGGACUGUGGAGGCGGCGCACGUACAUGUGGGGGGGGGGGUGUCACUGGAGAACAGGGCAGGUAAGGGUGGAUCUGGAAGGGGGCUGGGGGGGUGUUGCUAAGGAAGUGAGGUGGGUGUGAGGAAAGUGCUUAGAGGAAGGGAGGGGGCCUUGGAACCCCAGACAUGUUAAAAGGUCAAUUAGAACAUGAGACAAGAUGGGAUGAGGGUGAAUGGGGGCUGGCGGGGGCGGGGUCUGUCCCUGUGUCCUCUGCUCUGACACUAAGGGAGAUGGAUGGGCUCAGGAAGCACGUUCGCAGCCUGGGGCGGCCCAUCGCUCAGUCCCCUCCCAGCAGCACGGGGGUCCGCCGUAGAUAUAAGGGUCCGGAGAUGGGGUGGGCGGGAGACAAGGCCCUCGCAGGAGCAGCAUGAGCAUGAGCACCACCGCCCUGAGCCCCGCUGCGGACGCGGCCCCAGACUCGGACCCCGGCCCGGUGGCUGUCGCCUCCGCCUACGGGCGCUUCGAGCCCCGCGCCUACCUCCGCAACAAUUACGCACCGCCUCGAGGGGACCUGAGCCGCCCGGACGGCGUCGGCCCCUGGAAGCUGCGCUGCCUGGCGCAGACCUUCGCCACCGGGGAGGUGUCUGGACGCACCCUCAUCGACAUCGGCUCAGGCCCCACCGUGUACCAGCUGCUCAGCGCCUGUGCCCACUUUGAGGACAUCACCUUGACGGACUUCCUGGAGGUGAACCGCCAGGAGCUGGGGCUUUGGCUGCGGGAGGAGCCAGGGGCCUUCAACUGGAGCGAGUACAGCCAGCACGUCUGCCUCAUUGAGGGAAAGGGUGAGUCCUGGCAGGAGAAGGAGCGCCAGCUACGAGCCAAGGUGAAGCGCGUCCUGCCCAUCGACGUGCACCAGCCCCAGCCCCUGGGUGCUGGGAGCCUGGCACCCCUGCCUGCCGAUGCCCUGGUCUCCACCUUCUGCCUGGAGGCGGUGAGCCCAGACCUGGCCAGCUUCCAGCGGGCCCUGGACCACAUCACCACGCUACUCAGGCCUGGGGGGCACCUGCUGCUCAUUGGGGCCCUGGAGGAGUCCUGGUACCUGGCUGGGGAGGCCAGGCUGGUGGUGGUCCCCAUGCGCGAGCAGGAGGUGAGAGAGGCCCUGCUGCGCAGCGGCUAUGAGCUACGCGACCUGCGCACCUUCACCAUGCCCGCCCACCUGCGGACGGGCGUGGAUGACGUCAAGGGCAUCUUCUUUGCCUGGGCCCAGAAGAAGGGGGCACUGUGAGAGCCCAGUGUCCCCAGUGCUGUGGCGGCGGCACCCACCCGGACUCCCCGGCACCCAGGGCGACACCUAAUAAAGCAAGCUGCCUCUGCAAGUGA